AUGAUUGAUAACGCUUUGAAGUGUAAGCUGUGCCAUUAUACCGCGGGCAAAAUGCAGCAUUUGAAGCGGCAUAUAGCAACGGUGCAUACGAAGGAUAAGCCGUUUCUGUGUCAUCUGUGCUCAAAAAUGUCGUCGAGACAAGAUGAGCUCAGACUACACAUUCAGAGCGUACACGCGAAAAAAAACCCUCUUAUAUGCUUGUACUGUUAUGAGCAGUUCGGUAGUAGUGAAGAGGUAAAUGCGCACCUGGAAAUAAAGCAUUCGUUUCCAUGCAGCGUGUGCGGUGAAGUACUGAGGACUAAGAAGCGUUACGGCAAUCACAAGCGUGUUCACAGUCUACAUAAAUGUCGGUACUGCAAGUUUUCCUCAACGGAGGAACGAAAAGUCAAACUGUGUGAGCGUAGACAUCUCAGGAAUAGCCAGACCAAUAAUGUCUCCAACUAUUUCAACGAUGAUGACCUCUCAGGGGGAGAUAGCACGCCCAGUGUUGUCACCGAUCGCAACGGCCUAGCGACCACCGGAAGUGACGAUAACGAACCCGUUAACCCGCCCCACAACCCAAUUUCAGCCGGCGUCAAGCUCGAUCUGGCUCAACGAACGAACCCGUCAAUCAACUCAGACAGCAAGAACAAUUUCGACUUUAGUCAUGAAUCUGAUCCCAACGACAGGCCAAGUGCUUCUCCGCGAAACGAAAAUGAUCCACAACGUUUCUCAACGGUGAUGGACGUAAACGACUAUAAUGCAGCACUUAUCUUAGUUUGUUCAAAGACCUUGCGUUCGAUGUCAGUCCCAAGGAUUGAUCAACCGAAAAUGGCUAACGUUCAAAUGGUCGUAGGUAACCAAUCCGGCCAGCAACAGCAGGACGAGAUGCAACAACAUGUAGCCGAUCAGCCUCCUCAGAUGAUCCCGCAGAACGCAGCACUUCACGCUAACUCUCGCGCUGUGGUGAUCGAAGCAAAGUGGUUCGCAUGUACUUUUGAGGACUGCAACUUCAAAUCGUACCGGUAUCACCAUUUGAAAAGACAUAUUAUGACGCAUACUAAGGAAAAGCCGUUUGCCUGCCCUGAGUGCGGGACUAAGCGCGCACGACGUGACGCGCUUGCCCAGCACAUGAAGACGCAUGCGAAGAAAGACAAAUGCAGGUGCAUACAUUGUUCAAAAAAGUUCAACAGCGUGGAAGAAGUACAAGAACACCUUGAUACGGCACAUCGACAUAUCUGUGACAAAUGUAAAAGAAAUUUUGUUAGUACGAAACAACUGAGUGACCACAAACGUGAGCAUAAUGUGACCAGAUGUCGAAUGUGCGCGUUUUCGUCGACGCACUACCACAAGGUCAUGAGACACGAACGCAAAGUGCAUUUUAUUUCCAAGGACAAUCAAAUAGCUCAGGCGGCCACUCCGGGGGACGUAAGCCAAGGUCAGACUCUGGACGAAAUCGAAGAUCAAUCAGGCAGCGAUAUCAGGGAGGCGAGCUCACCUGAUUCUGUCAGCAGCCUCACAGGCCCAGUCGCUAUGGUCCGCGCGCCAGCCACUGACGACAACCUUUCUUCCCAACCGUUGGACUUGUCAGUCCGAUCAACCGUAGUACAGGCCAAUAAUGGAACCAACAUCAACUUCAAUUCAGUCGAUGGAUCCAAUCCUAACCGAAUCCCUCCCGCUCCUUUGAAUCUGCCCUAUGAGCUACAGAUGAACAGUGUAAUGAGACCAGGCUACUAUUUACAUUUGUAUCACAACUAUUUGGAUUACAUCAAUAAUCCCGCGUACUGGUAUUUUUCUCAGAACUAAAAGCUUACCUAUACAUGUCUGUAUUGACGAUUAUGACAAAACUUAUAUUAGAAUCUGGCCAGUACGACAUGAAUCGUGCAAUGUAAAAGAAAUUAGCAUUUCAACAGAGGAAUAUAACG